AUGGCACUGCUGAAAGUCAAAUUCAAUCAGAAGAAACGGGUAAAGCUAGCGCAGGGACUAUGGCUCAUGAACUGGUUUUCGGUGUUUGCUGGAAUCCUUGUUUUUAGCAUGGGAUUGUUCCUCAAAAUUGAGCUCCGGAAGCGAAGCGAGGUGAUGGACAAUUCUGAAAGCCACUUUGUGCCCAAUUCUUUGAUAUUGAUGGGUAUAUUAUCCUGCGCCUUCAAUGGUUUUGCUGGAAAAAUUUGUUACGACUCUCUGGAUCCCGCUAAAUUUGCCAAGUGGAAGCCUUUGCUGAAACCUUACCUGGCUCUGUGCUGCGUCUUUAACAUGCUCCUUUUCUUCGUGGCUCUGAUUUGCUUUCUCAUGCGGGGCUCCCUGGAGAGCACGCUGGCCCAGGGGCUGAAGAACGGCAUGAAGUUCUACCGGGACACGGACACCCCCGGGAGGUGCUUCAUGAAGAAGACCAUCGACAUGCUCCAGAUCGAGUUCAAGUGCUGCGGCAACAACGGCUACAAAGAUUGGUUCGAAAUCCAGUGGAUCAGCAACAGAUAUCUGGACUUCAGCUCCAAAGAAGUGAAAGACCGGAUCAAAAGCAACGUGGACGGGCGGUACCUGGUGGACGGAGUCCCCUUCAGCUGCUGCAACCCCAGCUCCCCCAGGCCCUGCAUCCAGUACCAGGUCACCAACAACUCUGCCCACUACAGCUACGACUACCAGACCGAGGAGCUGAACCUGUGGCGCCGCGGCUGCCGGGAAGCGCUGCUCAGCUACUACAGCAGCAUGAUGAGCUCCAUGGGCGCCGUCAUCCUCCUCGUCUGGCUCUUCGAGAUGUCAGUGAUGGUUGGCCUGCGCCUGCUGCACACCUCCCUGGAAAGCAUUGCCAAUCCUGAAGACCCUGAAUGCGAGAGUGAAGGGUGGAUCCUGGAGAACAGCCUGAAGGACACUUUCAAAUCUGCGUUGGAGAACUUGAAAAAGCUGGGUAAGUUCAACCAGGUGGAAGCAGGAGCCGAAGGGGCCGAAGGAGAGGAAGGCGGGAAGACGCCAGCCAUCACAACAGUCAGCUGA